GCGCUCACUCACACGUUGGCUGUCGUGCGUGAUACUACCCACCCGCGGCCUGCCUCUGUCCGGCGCCACUCUCCCGCGGGCACUCCCACCCACUAGCCCGCCUCACCCCGCAGUUUCUAGCUUGUGCCUUGUUGCUCCGCCACCACGGCCAGCUGUGUCGCUCCUGGAGAAACUAUCCACCCGUCCACCACAUCCGUCUGGAAUAUCACUAACCAUUCCUGUGUUGAAAAUAAAAAGGAUUCCGCCCAAGUUUGUUAUUAAUGAGAACUCAUUAACUCUUAGAAAAUAAAUUUAUAUGUAUAUGGUUCAUUUUGUUAAGAAAUAUAUAUUUACGUAUAUAUAUAUACAGUAUAUAUGGACAUUUGUUUAAAUGGAAAGGAAAAUUAUUUUAAAUGUGCUAAACCUGCCUCUUAUAAAGACAAGUUGAAAGGGUGUUGUCUUUCGAGCUCCGCUCCUUGCCUACCGAAGUCAAGGUUUGAGAAGUGAGCUGUUGGUCAGUGCUCUGCCGUCACCAGUGUGUCCAGCCCCCGACACCACCUGCAACAAUUUCCUGGGCCCGCGCCUCUCACCUUCUGCCAGGCGCACCCAGCUGACUGUGCCAGAAACAAACAGGUGGUUGCGCAGAAGGCACCUGGGAUCAUCUGCGCGGAGGGGCAGUUGGACACUUAGGAUUUUGUGUGUGUAAACAAGAACCAAAGUGUAUAUUGAGAAUUUAGACAAGUGGUUAUAUCAAAGAUAAGAGGCGGAAACUAACCUCCGCAGGUGAUUACCACCUGAGGGAGGGGUGAUGAGUGCUAUGAAGAUGCACUACUCGACUGCCACGCCCCCGUCUUUUCCCGUGCCCCGUAACCUCUUCUUCUCCAACCUGGACGAGGUAAGACGCCCUUCCACACCUCACUACGGCCACUACACCCACGCGUCCCCUCGACCAGCCGAGGCGGCGCUGGUGUGGCCUCCAGGUGGGGAGGGGUCACACAACAAGGGGGCGGGGGUCGCGGGCGGCGUGGGCGGGUCCUCACCGCCCACGUCCCAGCAGGCGGCACCGCAGGGCCUAGUGCACUGGAUGAGCGUCAUGGCUGAACAUAUGAACAACCCCCACCACGAUGCCAUGCACUACAUGUGGAAUGGCGUCGAGAGCAAAAUGAACGUCACACCCGACCAACAUAACUCCUCGUCACCCAUGCAUAAAGGUCACCCCAACAGCCUGGACGACCGGCUGGACGGACGGGGCCUUGAAAUCCCGCACAACAUGGCUCCUGCGUCCCUCUACGCCCGCAGCAAUGGGUCGGCGUCGUCAGCGUCCCCGCCCACGGUGUCCACGCCCUCCAUGCUCAUCGUCCCUCAGCCUAUCAACGCCGCCAAGAUGCCGCCCACUCCGCCAGGCAUCGGACAGAACCCGCCCAACAAUGGCUCGGCCCGAAAGUACCAAUGCAAGAUGUGUCCACAGAGUGUGCAAAAGGAAGGAACUCAUUCUUCCACUAUGGUCAGGAAUCGAACCCAGGACCACAAAGUGAACACUCUAUACAUACACCAGUUGAAGAAUCCGCCACACACAAGUCACCAUUUUGGACGCGGGAUCUUCGGGAGUAAGGCUGACCUGCAGCUCCACACUCAAAUUCACAUGCGGGAGGCCAAGCCUUACAAGUGUUCUCAGUGUUCCAAAGCCUUCGCCAACUCUUCAUACCUGUCUCAGCACACACGAAUCCACUUGGGCAUCAAACCCUACCGCUGUGAAAUUUGUCAACGCAAAUUUACGCAGCUAUCCCAUCUGCAACAACACAUCCGCACUCACACGGGAGACAAGCCCUACAAAUGCCGCCACCCAGGGUGCAACAAGGCCUUCAGCCAGCUAUCCAACUUGCAGAGCCAUUCUCGGUGUCACCAGACGGAUAAGCCCUAUAAGUGUAAUUCGUGCUACAAGUGCUUUGUGGACGAAGCUUCACUCUUGGAGCACAUUCCCAAACACAAGGAGAGCAAGCACCUCAAGACUCAUAUUUGUCAAUACUGCGGCAAGAGCUACACCCAGGAGACGUACCUGCAGAAGCACAUGCAGAAGCAUGCUGAACGACCUGACAAGCGGCCUUCACUCUCAGGCCAUGGACUACGGCAGGAUAACCCUUACUGGCCCAAGCCAGACACCACUGCCCUGGACUCCAUGGACGGCCGCAUGUCAGAGACGUGUCUCCAGAACUCCCUCGACCCAACGCGCCAUUUGGUCUCUCGCGAGCACCUCGACCCACGUGCUGAGGAACUGCGCCACACUCCUGCCCACAUGCCUGCUUCCAACAUGUCCUACGACGCCAUUGCCACAAAGACGUCGUCGGCAUUUACGCCGAUCCAGACCAGUAUGUUGCCCAUCAGUGGGGGGACACAAUUGUCCAUGGCGGCGUCAUCUUCGCAGCGUUACUUCCCAUACGAGCCCAUCAGCUUCCCCAAGACGCACACACAAAUGCCCUCCAUGGACGUAAAGCCCAAUCAGUUCCCCAACCAGCUCAUCUCGCUCCAUCAGAUUCGUAACUACGCCCACCAACCCACUAUGAGCUCCGACUUGCUCCUUAAGGACAAGGGUGUUACUCAAUAGUGCGUCGAGUGGACCGCAGGCCACAUCCAGGCCCCGAUGUCGACUGGGAGUGGGCCGUGUACGGCGACCCGCGACUCAGGCGCUUCCCUACGGUGCUGGGGCCGCAGUGUGUGGACCGAGCCGGUAGGAGGGGCUGAAUACAGGGUAUUGAUGGCACGGGGCAGGGGCACGGGAGAGGGCGCCGCCUGGCAGCAGCAGUAGCAGCUGUGGCCACCACUCCCAGUGAGAGCCCAGUGACGAGUUGUGAUACGUGCCCGGUGAUAGCUGGACGAGGUCUGUAAGACAAGUCGGCUGACUCUAAGGAACGCUCGCUUAGCAGGGAAACGUUAGUGUAAAUGUGCAAUAACCACACUAAACGCAAGAGGACACUCGUGUCGCAGGAACUGCUUCUCACGUAUGUUUGUAAAGAUUGCUACUGUUAAGGACUGGCCGGUACGGUUGUGGAGGUGUGAGGGACUGGAGAGGAAAGGGGACGAGUGGAGUUGAGGCGAGGUGGUGGUAGUGGAGCUCUGGACGCCCACAUGUAGCACCAACAGCAUCAACAGCAACAAACAGCAGCCAAUGCUGUCCCGUACAAACCCACCAGAAUACAGUUCACGUUCCUCUUCACUGUUAAAGUGAGCAACUCUCCGAUAUCGUGAUAGCUAAACAAGCAAUACUGUUACUAGUUAUGGUGCCUUCCACCAUCCAUCGAAACCCAUAGGUUCCUCCAAACAGAAUUUUACUUUGACCGUAGCACAAAACAUCACUUCUUUUAUUUUCAACUGUAUACGGGAUUUUCUACGAAAAUAUUGUAUUUUUCAUCUUUCUGUUUCCUUAAUCAUGUCACUACUUUACUUGUUUCUACCAAGCGUCCUAACUUGCUCAGUGAUGGCUGUUAACUCAGCUAUUCUUUUACAAAUUCAUUAAUUUCCAAAGGAAACAUUUUCCUUGUGGAAAGAGUCACAUCAAUAACUUCACUGAACAUGCCAGGACGCCAGUAUCUUUCUUCAGUAUAUCCUACCUCUAAGAAUAGACGGUUCCAGAUGACAUUGUUUUCGAUACCUUACAAAGUUUGUGCCAGUUGGCCCCCUGUCCUCGGGUCUCUUGGCCCUGGCGUCUGGCAAGGUCUCCCCGAGUC